AUGAAGAAGUCACAAGGGCAAGGUAAAGCGAUUUUGGAGCUAAAACAGAGAACAGUUGUUGCGUUGAACAAGCUUGGCGAUCGCGAUACUCAACAAAUAGGGAUGGAUGAGCUGGAGAGGACCGUGCAGGGUUUAAGCCCCGAAGUGAUUCCAGCAUUUGUGUGUUGCAUCUUAGACACUGAUUCGAACCAGAAAACAGCCAUCAGAAAAGAGUGUAUCAGACUCAUGGGCACAUUGGCUAGGUUUUACGAGGGUCUCAUCGUUCCUUAUCUUCCAAAGAUGGUUGCCAGCAUUGUUAAGCGCCUCAGGGAUUCCGAUUCUGUCGUCAGGGAUGUAUGCGUCGACACAGUUGGUGUUCUCGCCUCUACAUUGGUUAAUCAAUAUCAAAUUAACAAGGUCUUUCUUGUAUUAGUAAAGCCUAUUUUUGAGGCUCUUGGGGAACAAAAUAAGCACGUUCAGUCCGGUUCUGCUUUUUGCCUCUCUAGGAUCAUUGACAAUACACAUGAUCCUCCCCUUUCCCUUUUGCACAAGAUGUUGACUAGGACUAUCAAGUUGCUUAAAAAUCCACAUUUUAUGGCUAAACCAGCUCUUGUUGAGUUGAACAAGAGCAUUAUCCAGGCUGGAGGAGCUCCAUCAGAAAAUAUUCUGUCCACUGCUAUUGCUAGCAUCCAAGAGGCUCUCAAAGAUAGUGACUGGACAACACGCAAAGCAGCUUCCGUAGCACUGGGAGAAAUUGGUUUCAGUGGUGCUUCUUUCUUGGGAUGUUUAAGGGCUUCUUGUAUUCAUUCUCUUGAGUCAUGUCGAUUUGACAAGGUGAAACCAGUCAGAGAUGCUGUUUUGCAAGCGCUCAAGAAUUGGAGAAUUCUUCCAGGCCCCAAUACUCCCGAGCCUUCUGAAACAGGAUCCUCCUUAAAAGAAAAUAUCUGCAGAGGUGACACUGCUGAUCUUAGUAGUACUACUACUGAAUCUCGACAGAGGGAUGUUAAGCUCCAAAAAGAUAAUAUUAAAUCAACUAUGGGAAGGAUUCCUUUGUCUGUUAGAAAAGCAUGUCAAAAUUAUGUCAGAAAUCCUCACCAUCUCAAACCAGAUGACUGGCAUGUUGAAAUUGCAGUAGCCAGAACACAUUCUGUAGUGGGAUUCCAGAAUGAAGAAUCUGAAAGUAGUUCUGUCACUAAGCAAUUAGAAACAAUGAGUGCUGAUGUUACUAGCAUGCAGGAUGUUGGUUAUGAAUAUGUGCCAAUGGAUGACAAGCAGGAAUGCUCUUCUGUCUCUAAUCUUACCACUGAUAACUUUGCGACCAAGUUUCUAACUGCUUCUAAUGACUGCUUUAUAAAUAGUGGAUUACGGAAGCCAAUUGCAAGAAGCCAACAGUUUAGUGAAGAAAUAAGUUGUAAUGAACAAAUGUACUCCACAAAGAUGCAGCAUCCUACUAGAAGUUCUGAUUCUACGGUCACAGAGCCAAGUCCCCAAACUACACAUGAAUGUUGUGCGCAAAUGGCAAAUGAAAUGAUUUGUAUUCAGAAUCAACUUUCAGAUAUUGAAAUCAAACAGGCAAACAUGAUGCAUCAGUUACAGAUGUUUACAACCGGUAUAAUGGAUGCCCUCUCUACAAUCCAAUCAAGAAUGGUAGGCUUAGAGAACGUACUUGAUAGGUUAACUCAAGAAUCAUUGCAAGGAGGAAGAAAUUCGUAUUCAGAAAACUCCAAAUUUGUGAGGCAGAGCCAAAAUGUGGCUUCUCCCAGGUUCUCCAUAUGCACUCCAAGGCCAUCUGUAGAAAUUAGUAAUAAGGAAUCGGGCUUGUCAGUUAAAAAUUCUGGAAGUUGGGAGAAAAAAACAUUUUCUAGGAGCCAACCUCAGAAUCAUGCUGGAUAUAGUGCGGAUAUGUGUAAAAGUUACAAGGUAAAGACUGGCAGAAAAUUUACAGAGGACAUUUUGAACAGCUCUAAGAAGGAUACACGGAGCAUGAUUUCUGCUCGAGAGAGAAAGGAAGAUGGAACCUUUUCCUCUGCUACUAGAGUCAAUGCCAGAAACGGUUGUUCUGAGAGUAAUACCAACUACUGGAAAUGUGUAAAACGCCUUGUAUGUGAAGGGGAUCUAAACUCUGCUUAUAUGGAAGCUUUGCGUUCCAGGGAUGAACUUAUUCUUGUUGAGCUUCUGAAUAAAACUGGUCCAGUUAUAGAAAGUUUAUCAGUGAAGACUGUCAAUGUUCUUCUUAGCUCUUUAGCAUCGUAUCUUCUGGAAGGGAAGUUUUUUAAUGCUACAAUCCCCUGGUUGCAGCAGGUUGCUGAAAUGAGUACUAUCCAUGGACCAAAUUGCAUUGCUCUCUCUAUUGAAGCCAAGGAACAGCUUUUAUCUGCAGUUCAGGAGGCUGCGAACCUGAAUAUUUUCAGUCAUGCGGAAAGAAGGUGUGCUUCUGAAUUAGCAAUGAAAUUACAUCAUAUAUGGGCUAAUAUUACUGAAAGUUUAUAA